UAGUGUGACACUACGUCCCGAUAGAGGAAGGCAGAGCUCCGGGGUAAUGUAGCACGCGCUGACUGCUAAAACUGAAUCGAGGGGCGGGAGUGAAGCAGCCACACCACAACAACAUGACCCAACUUCAAACUCGUGGUGAGCACUAGCAGGGAUAGAGGCGGAUAAACCGAUGAUGGAUUUCCUCUAAACGUCGAUGAUUUAACGCGUGGUUUGGACUUGUAGUUGGCGCAAAGUGGUGCGUAAUGAUGGCCACUCCAGCGCACCCGGAGACCAGGAAAUUUACGCGGAGUCUGGGUAAACCUGGCACAGCGGCGGAACUCAGGCAGAGUGUCUCUGAGGUGGUGAGGACGUCCGUGUUGGUCGUGAAACCCAAGGUGAUUGAGCCGCUGGACUAUGAAAAUGUGCUGGUGCAGAGGAAGACACAGAUCCUUAGUGAUGUCCUCAGAGACAUGCUCCAGUUCCCGCAUGAGGACUUUGAGAUUUCAACUUUGAAGCGCCACGGGAGAACUCUGCACCCAACAGUGCCUGAAAAUGCAGAGAGGGAGGCCCAGAGUCUGUUUGUCCAAGAGUGCAUCAAGACCUAUAAGUCUGACUGGCAUGUUGUCAGCUACAAGUAUGAUGAGUACUCUGGUGAUUUUCGUCAACUUCCAAACAAAGUGUCCCGGCCUGAUAAACUGGCUGUCCAUGUAUUUGAGGUGGAUGAGGAUGUUGAUAAAGAUGAGGAUACAGCCUCCCUAGGGUCCCAGAAAGGUGGGAUUUCCAAACAUGGCUGGUUGUACAAAGGAAACAUGAACAGUGCCAUCAGCGUGACCAUGAGGUCAUUCAAGAGACGGUAUUUCCAUCUAACCCAGCUCGGGGACGGCUCAUAUAACUUAAACUUUUACAAGGAUGAAAAGAUCUCCAAAGAGCCCAAAGGAACCAUUUUCCUGGACUCCUGUAUGGGUGUUGUUCAGAAUAACAAGGUUCGAAGGUUUGCUUUCGAGCUGAAGAUGCAGGACAAGAGCACCUACCUGCUGUCUGCAGACAGUGAAGCAGAGAUGGAGGAUUGGAUCAACACGCUCAAUAAGAUCUUACACAGCAGCUUUGAGAUUGCCAUGCAAGAGAAGAGAAAUGGAGACAUCCAUGAUGAUGAUGAUCUUGGAAAGUCAGACAGUUCCUCUGGCAGCAUGGACAGCUUUCAGAGCACAAGAGAUAUAGAAUCAAGGAUGAGGAAUGAGACCAGAUUAAAGUUGUUCACCCUGGACCCAGACACACAGAAGCUUGACUUCUCAGGAAUCGAACCAGAUGUGAAGCAAUUUGAAGAAAAGUUUGGCAAACGUGUCCUGGUGAACUGCAACGACCUCUCCUUUAAUCUGCAAAGCUGUGUGGCAGAGAACGAGGAGGGACCAACAACAAACGUGGAGCCCUUCUAUGUCACCCUGUCGCUGUUCGACAUCCAGAAUGGCAGAAAAAUCUCUUCUGAUUUCCAUGUUGACUUAAACCACCCGUCUGUAAGAGGCAUGAUGCCCAAUAACAGCAGUCAGUAUAUGAACGGAGGAGGCGACGCCGGUUCUGAGGGACAGCAGUUGAUCCGUGGGCUGCCAGAAGCAGCCUUGCAGUAUCCCAAACAGGGAUUGUUCUCAGUAACAUGCCCCCACCCAGAAAUCUUCCUGGUAGCUCGCAUUGAGAAGGUGCUCCAGGGGGGAAUCAACCAUUGUGCUGAGCCAUACAUGAAGAGUUCAGACUCUACCAAGGUGGCACAGAAAGUCCUGAAAAAUGCCAAGCUGGCGUGCAGUCGACUGGGCCAGUAUAAGAUGCCUUUUGCCUGGGCAGCAAGACCUCUUUUCAAAGAUGCUUCAGGGACACUCGACAAAAGUGCUCGCUUCUCAGCUCUGUACAGGCAGGACAGCAACAAACUGUGCAAUGACGACAUGCUCAAACUACUGGCCGAUUUCAGAAAGCCAGAGAAAAUGGCCAAGCUUCCUGUAAUACUGGGAAACCUCGAUGUUACCAUUGACAGCGUAGCCCCUGACUUGACAAAUUGUGUUACCUCAUCCUACAUUCCUGUGAAGCAGUUUGAUGUCAGUGAGAAGACCAACAUCUUCUAUGAAGUGGAGGAGUUUGUGCCGUGCAUUGCCAAAUGUUCUCAGCCUUUCACCAUCUACAACAAUCACCUCUAUGUCUACCCAAAGCACUUGAAAUACGACAACCAGAAGUCAUUUGCGAAGGCUAGAAACAUAGCUGUUUGCAUUGAGUUCAAGGACUCGGAUGACGAGGAGGCUGUUUCACUUAAGUGCAUCUAUGGACGACCUGGAGGACCCUUGUUUACCAAAAAUGCCUUUACCUCAGUAUUACAUCACCAGCACAACCCUGAAUUCUACGAUGAAUUUAAGAUUGAGUUGCCUACACAGCUGCAUGAGAAGCAUCAUCUGCUCUUCACCAUGUACCAUGUGAGCUGUGAUAGCAACAGCAAGGCCAGCACCAAAAAAAGAGACCUAAUUGAGACACAAGUGGGUUAUGCCUGGCUUCCCUUGCUGAAGGAUGGCAGGGUGAUCAUGAAUGAUAGUCACAUCCCUGUUGCUGCUAACCUGCCUGCUGGAUACCUCAGCUGUCAGGAAGGAGCCAGCAAGCAUUUAGGUCCUGAGAUCAAAUGGGUUGAUGGAGGCAAGCCCUUAUUCAAGGUGUCCACUCACCUUGUGUCAACCGUCUACACUCAGGAUCAGCAUUUACACAAUUUCUUUCAUCACUGUCAGAGCAUUGCAUCAGGAGCCCAGGUAUCAGGAGGAGAGCUGGUCAAAUAUCUAAAGAGUCUGCAUGCCAUGGAGACGCAUGUGAUGAUCAAGUUCCUCCCAACCAUCCUCAAUCAGCUGUUCAGAGUCCUGACCAGCGCCACCCAAGAGGAUGUGGCCGUAAAUGUCACCAGAGUCAUGAUUCACAUUGUAGCCCAGUGCCACGAAGAAGGCUUGGAGCACUACCUUCGCUCUUAUGUGAAGUUUGUAUUUAGGACUGAGCCAUACACAUCCUCCACCAACCGAACAGUGCAUGAAGAAUUAGCUAAAGCCAUGACUGCAAUCCUGAAACCUUCCACUGACUUUCUGACGAGUAACAAGCUGCUCAAGUACUCCUGGUAUUUCUUUGAGGCCUUAGUCAAGUCCAUGGCUCAGUACUUGAUUGAAAGCUGUAAAGUAAAGCUGUCCAGGAAUCAGCGCUUCUCAGCGUCCUUUCAUCACACUGUGGAGACUCUGGUCAACAUGAUGAUGCCACACAUCACCCAGAAGUACAAGGACAACUUGGAUGCUGCUCGGAACGCCAACCACAGCCUGGCAGUCUUCAUCAAGCGCUGCUUCAACCUCAUGGACCGAGGCUUUGUGUUCAAGCAGAUCAACAACUAUAUUAACUGCUUUAUGCCUGGAGAUCCAAAGACACUGUUUGAGUUCAAGUUUGAGUUCCUGCGUGUUGUGUCUAACCAUGAGCACUUUGUGCCUCUGAAUCUACCCAUGCCAUUUGGAAAGGGGAGGAUACUGAGGUUUCAAGCUUUAUUAUCUUCAUAUGAUACAGUGGAGUCAUAUGAUACUCCAGUAGACCUCCAGUUGGAUUACUCGCUGACAGAUGACUUCUGUAAAAACCACUUCCUGGUCGGCCUGCUGCUCAGGGAGGUGAGUGCAGCUUUGCAAGAGUUCAGGGAGAUUCGUCAGAUAGCCAUCCAGGUGCUGAAGAACCUGAUGAUUAAACACACAUUUGAUGACCGCUACACCUCUAAGAGCCAGCAGGCCAGGUUGGCUACCCUGUACUUUCCCUUGUUUGGUCUGCUUCAGGAAAACGUCAACAGGCUGAAUGUGAAGGAAGUAUCCCCAUUCACCAUCAACCACUCCAACAAUAACGGGAGAGAAGAUUUACUCCUGAACAACUCUUUGAUGACGCCUCCCAGGUCAAGCACCUUUCUGGACACCAGUUUACACAAAGAUGUUUUUGGAGUCAUAUCAGGCACCACUUCGCCUCAUGCAGCGUCCACCCCCAACAUUAACUCUGUGCGCCAUGCAGACUCUCGUGGCUCACUCAUCAGCACGGAUUCUGGGAACAGCCUGCCUGAGAGAAACAAUGACAAAGGCAGUUCUCUGGACAAGCAUCAGCCUGCUUCAAGCCUGGGAAGUGCCCUGCUGCGAUGUGAUAAACUGGACCAGGCAGAGAUCAAGAGCCUCCUCAUGUGUUUCCUACAUGUACUUAAAAGCAUGUCUGAGGAUGCUCUGUUUACAUACUGGAACAAGGCUUCAUCUGCUGAGCUGAUGGACUUCUUCACUUUAAUCGAGGUGUGCCUUCAUCAGUUCAGAUACAUGGGAAAGAGAUACAUUGCCAGGAACCAGGAUGGGGCAGGACCUGUAGCACAUGAGCGGAAGUCUCAGACUCUGCCUGUGUCCCGUAACAGGGCGGGAAUGAUGCAUGCCCGCUUACAGCAGCUCAGCAGCCUGGAUAACUCAUACACUUUUAACCACACCUACAGUCAUUCUGAUGCAGAUGUGUUGAAUCAGUCGCUGCUAGAGGCUAACAUCGCCACUGAAGUCUGCCUGACAGUCCUGGACACUCUCAACAUCUUUAUCAUGGGCUUCAAGGCACAGCUCUGCUCUGACCAUGGCCAUAGUCCUCUCAUGAAGAAGGUGUUUGAAGUCCACCUCUGCUUCCUGCGCAUCAAUCAGUCAGAAACCGCCCUCAAGCAGGUCUUCACAACACUGCGCACCUUCAUCUAUAAGUUCCCAUGCACAUUUUUUGAAGGCCGUGCAGACAUGUGUGCAGCAUUCUGCUACGAGAUCCUAAAAUGCUGCAACUCCAAGCUGAGCUCUAUUCGUAGCGAUGCAGCCCAUCUGCUGUAUUUCCUCAUGAAGAGUAAUUUUGACUAUACAGGUCGUAAAUCCUUUGUGAGGACACACUUACAAGUGGUGAUUGCUGUCAGUCAGUUGAUAGCUGAUGUGAUUGGUAUUGGAAGUACCCGCUUUCAACAGUCUCUGUCAAUAAUCAACAACUGUGCCAACAGUGAUAAAACUAUCAAGAACACAGCUUUCCCAUCAGAUGUGAAGGACUUGACCAAGCGCAUCAGGACGGUUUUGAUGGCCACGGCUCAGAUGAAGGAGCACGAGAGAGACCCAGAGAUGUUGGUAGAUUUGCAGUACAGCCUUGCUAAGUCUUACGCCAGCACUCCCGAGCUGCGCAAGACCUGGUUGGACAGCAUGGCGCGAAUCCAUGUGAAGAAUGGAGACCUGUCAGAGGCGGCCAUGUGCUAUGUGCACGUUGCAGCACUUGUGGCAGAAUACCUAAGGAGAAAAGGCAUUUUCAAACAGGGCUGUUCAUCGUUUCGAGUUGUGACUCCAAACAUUGAUGAAGAAGCUGCGAUGAUGGAGGAUGUCGGAAUGCAGGAUGUCCAUUUCAACGAGGAUGUCUUAAUGGAGCUUUUGGAGGAGUGUGCCGAUGGACUGUGGAAAGCAGAGCGUUACGAGCUCAUCUCUGACAUCUACAAGCUCAUAAUCCCCAUUUAUGAGAAACGAAGGGACUUUGAGAAACUUGCCCACCUGUACGACACACUGCAUCGAGCAUACAGUAAAGUAACAGAGGUGAUGCACACAGGGAAGAGGCUGCUGGGUACAUACUUCAGAGUGGCUUUCUUUGGCCAGGCAGCGCAGUACCAGUUUACUGACUCAGAUGCUGAGGGCUUCUUUGAAGAUGAAGAUGGUAAGGAGUAUAUCUACAAAGAACCCAAAUUCACUCCUCUAUCUGAGAUAUCCCAGAGGCUCCUCAAACUGUACUCUGACAAGUUUGGACAGGAGAACGUGAAGAUGAUUCAGGACUCAGGACGGAUUAAUCCAAAAGACCUGGACUCUAAGUAUGCAUAUAUCCAAGUGACUCACGUGACUCCAUAUCUUGAGGAGAAGGAGCUGGUCGACAGGAAGACGGACUUUGAAAAGAGCCACAACAUCCGUCGAUUUGUGUUUGAGAUGCCUUUCACAAUAUCAGGCAAAAAGCAAGGCGGUGUGGAGGAGCAGUGCAAACGACGGACUAUACUGACAACCACACACUGUUUCCCCUAUGUGAAGAAGCGUAUUGCUGUGAUGUACCAACACCACACUGAUCUGAGCCCCAUUGAGGUGGCCAUUGACGAGAUGAGCAAGAAGGUGGCAGAGAUUAAUCAGCUGUGCUCAUCCAGUGAGGUGGACAUGAUCCGUCUACAGCUUAAACUGCAGGGCAGCAUCAGUGUCCAGGUAAAUGCUGGGCCUCUUGCGUAUGCCAGAGCUUUUCUGGACGACACAAGCACCAAGAAGUAUCCAGAUAACAAGGUCAAACAGCUGAAAGAAGUCUUCAGGAACUUUGUGGAGGCAUGUGGCCACGGCUUGGGCAUUAAUGAGCGAUUGAUCAAAGAAGACCAACAGGAGUAUCACGAUGAGAUGAAAGCCAACUACAGAGACCUAGUCAGAGAGCUAUCCAUCAUCAUGCGCGAGCAGAUCAGUCCUGUGGAAGACGGCAUGAAGAGCAUCAUCCCUGACUCGCUUCACAUCUUCAAUGCCAUUAGUGGUACACCUACCAGUGCCACCAUCCAGGGCAUUCCCAGCUCAUCUUCAGUGGUAUGAUGCUAAUCCAAACAGCAGCCUGCAUGCUCGCUGAUGAGGCCUGCCGUCCAUGCCAUAAUAUCGCUUCUAAACCUCACCCUAAAUCAGUCAGCUUCGAGGGAAGCUGCUGGAAGCACAAAUAUCUCUCCUCCAUUAUGCAGUCUGGUACUCUCAGAUGGCUAUGAGUGAGGCACUGGACUUGUAUAACAUAUAUACCAGGCAAGGUGAUUCACUGUGUUGGGAGUGAGCAGUUUUUAAGAGGCCUGACAAGAGAAGUGACUGUGCAGCAGAGAUGUCAGGACUCAGACUUUGUUCCUGGGUUAUGGAAAGACAUGUUAGAUGAGACAUAAUAUCUCAUCUUCACCUGUUUCUACCUGAAAACAUUUUAUUUGGAGACAUUCCUGUUGGGAUUUGUAACAUGCAUGUCAUUACAUUACUGCUCCCACCAGCCCCAUUUUUUUUUUUUUUUAACUUUCAUAAUGUUUUACAGUGUGUUUUUAUGUACAGUAUUCCACUUUUAUAAGCCACUGUGUUGAUGUCUUUAUAAACAGUAUAUGCAGCAUACGUUGAUGCUCAUCUCCCUGCACAUCAAGUUUUGUUUUUUCAGAGAAUGCUAUAUUUUUUUUUUC